AUGGGCUGCGUUCAAAGCUUCAGGGAAAUGUGCGACCGUACAAAAAACACAAACGUCCGUCUGAGUCUUCCAGCGGUUUGCUUCGUUUGGCAAACAGCCAUGAUCAUCUUGUUUGGGGUGUUUGUUCGUUACAACAAGGAAUCAGAUCCACACUGGAUAGAGGAGAGGAAAAUUAACAAUAUAUCAAGUGACAUUGAGAAUGACUUCUACUUCAGAUAUCCAAGUUUCCAGGACGUCCAUGUGAUGAUCUUUGUUGGAUUUGGCUUCCUGAUGACAUUUCUGAAGCGGUACAGUUUCGGUGCCGUGGGUUUCAAUUUCCUUAUUGCAGCUUUUGGCCUCCAGUGGGCGCUGCUAAUGCAAGGCUGGUUCCACUCCCUUGACGAUGAUGGAAAGAUCAGAAUAGGAAUUGAAAACCUGAUCAAUGCUGACUUCUGUGUGGCAGGCUGUUUGAUCGCCUAUGGCGCAGUGCUCGGUAAAGUCAGUCCAGUCCAGCUAAUGGUUCUUACUCUGUUUGGGAUCACGUUGUUCGCUGUGGAGGAGUAUAUCAUUAUUGAUCUCAUUCAUGCCAGAGAUGCCGGAGGAUCUAUGGUGAUCCACACGUUUGGAGCUUAUUAUGGUCUUGCCAUCUCGUGGAUGCUGUAUCGACCAAGCCUGGACCAGAGCAGUCGUCUGCAGGUCUCCGUGUACCACUCAGAUGUUUUUGCUAUGAUUGGCACCCUCUUCCUGUGGAUGUUCUGGCCCAGUUUCAACUCAGCCAUCGCAGACCACGGCGAUGGGCAGCACAGAGCAGCCAUAAACACCUACCUCUCUUUGGCUUCAACUGUGCUCACCACUGUGGCCAUCUCCAGCCUGUUUCAGAAGCACGGGAAACUAGACAUGGUUCAUAUCCAGAACUCCACUCUUGCUGGAGGUGUUGCAGUAGGAACUGCAGCAGAGUUCAUGCUAAUGCCCUACGGGUCUCUGAUUGUAGGAUUCUGCUGUGGCAUCAUCUCCACACUCGGCUAUAUCUACCUCUCACCAUUCAUGGAGAAGUAUUUAAAGAUCCAGGACACAUGUGGGAUCCAUAACCUGCAUGCCAUUCCCGGUGUCAUAGGUGGCAUUGUGGGGGCCAUUACUGCUGCAGCUGCAUCUGCAUCAGUUUAUGGAAAAGAAGGGCUGAUAAACACCUUUGACUUCGAGGGUGAUUUCGAAAACACGGCUCCCACUCGGCAGGGGGGUCUACAGGCUGCAGCACUCUGUGUGGCAAUCUGCUUCGGUGUAGGUGGAGGCAUCAUUGUCGGUUGUAUUUUAAGAUUACCUAUCUGGGGAGAUCCUGCAGAUGACAGUUGUUUUGAUGAUGAGCACUACUGGGAGCUUCCUGACGAUGAAGAGAGCGAACUACCAGUCCUUCAUUACAACAACCACAUGCUGAACCAAGAAAUAGCUCAGACCAAUUUCAACAUGGAUCAGAAGUGACACCAGGCCUUCAUCCUGAGCGGCCUGCAUCACACAUGGCCCAUUACUUCUUUCUU